AUGAGGAAGAGAGAGAAGAAAGAGAGGAAAGAGAAAAUGAAGAUGAAGAAAGAGAAGAUGAAGGGGAAUAGAAUGAGGAGGAUUAAAGGGAGGAACGGGGAGGAACGGGGAGGUUUUACGGUAUCGGGGUCGGAGGAGUUCGACCUGGAGAACGAUAGCGAUGUGGGUGGUGGUAUUGGUGGCAGUGAGGGGGAGCGUCCUCGUGUCCGGGGGGACAGCGAUGGAAAUGAAGUAGACGAAAACGGGGAUUAUGUUGAUGAGGAACUCCGGGCAAGGUCAACUGACUGGAAUGGUUGGUAUAUCUAG